AAUCUUCAGGGCAACCCCGGCACCUCAUCUCGAGAGCUAUUGAACGGACUACCCAAUCGCUCGACUUCGCAAAAUGCUUGUGGUAUACCGAACAAUAGUUAUGCGCCGCCGCAACCUUUUCCCCCUGAUUCCGGGAAAACCUAUUUCGCUGAAUUUCCAUGGAUGGUCGCGCUUCUCCAAAAGUCCGCGACCGGCGGUUCUUACAUUUUCCAAUGCGGUGCUUCGAUGGUCAGUAACGGGGCCGUCCUCACUGCCGCUCAUUGCGUUGUAAAUCAAAAUCCCGAGAAUUUGAUCGCACGCUUCGGACAGUGGAACCUAGAAAAUAAUGUUCAGCCGUUGCCUAUUCAAGAAGCGAAGAUCCUGACAAUAGCUGUACAUCCGUUGUAUUAUAGCGGCGGGCUUUUCCACGAUGUAGCUGUCCUCGUUUUGGCAGAACCAGUCACUUACAGUGCGAACGUCAUGCCGAUUUGCCUUCCCGAACAAGGCACAGUUUUCGCGGCUGGGACCAGAUGCUACGGGACAGGAUGGGGCAGCAAUUCGUUCGGACCGGAAGGGGAAUAUCAAGCCGAGCUUCGAAAGGUGAAUCUUCCUAUCGUCGAUCGAAACGAUUGUCAGACGCGUUUACGAAGCACGAAAUUGGGCUUGUACUUUGAACUGCACGGAUCGUUUAUCUGCGCCGGCGGCGAAACGAAUAGAGACACGUGCCGUGGCGACGGCGGUGGACCGUUGGUUUGUCAAGCCUCGACGGGGCAAUUCUUUCAGGCUGGCAUCGUUUCGUGGGGUAUUGGUUGCGGAGCUUCUAAUGUGCCAGCAGUGUACGCCAGCGUAUCACAACAUCGUCAAUGGAUAGAUCAACAAUUCGCGACUUACGGCGUAUAGUGACAUAUGUUAUAGUUUAAUAUUUCUAAUUUUAUUAGAUAUAUAUUUCUAAUAUAUUUUUAAUUCUCCAACGACUGCGAACUGCCCUUUAUGAACGCUAAUAUCAUUCGUAUAACUUAUUAAAUUAUUAUAAUUAAUAAUAAUAAAAUAUGAUAAGUAUUUUAAUCUCAUAUACUUUAUUCUGCGUUAUUUAUGUAUCUUAGUUUGCUCAAGCAAUUUGUAUUUCGUUAAGUCUUCUCGUCAUACAGUGAGGUAAUAAAUGCGAUUGAGAUUGCA